UUUGACAGACAUGGCUUUCAUACCAGUGCAGGUUACAGCUAUGCUACUGAUCUUGCUUUUCUCAAACUUCCUCAAAGAUAAUCUGACUGGAGCUGUUCACAUUCCUCAUAAAUGUAGGUGCCCAGAAAUGAACGACACUGUGAGGGGACGUGUAACUGACUUUGAAGUGAUUAAGCCAGGGUCUUCAUGCAAUAAAGUUGAAAUCAUCCUCCAGACAGAAAAACAAUUUGUUUGCCUAGAUCCACAAUCCAAACAAGGGAAGAAGCUGCUGAAAUGUUGGAAACGAAAGGAGAAGAAGUCAUGCCUACCAAGAAAAACCAAAAAGAGACAAAAACGAAAGAGGCAGAAACUACCUAAAUAAUAACCUGUCUUUUCAAUAUCUACUGUACAUACUUGUAUUAAAACCGCCUCCUUGU